AUGAGCCGGUGGUGUGUAACCAAUCCCCGUUCACCGGCGCCACCGCUCCUCAUCCUCGCCGUCCUCUCUGCAUUACUCCUCAUUCACCCCUCUAUCGCAUGGCGUCCAUGGCCGCACCAUAGAAACAACGCGACGGAGCUCGAAUUCGGAGGCUCAAAAAAGUACGAAGGGUCGUCGGAGUUUGUCAAACUCCGGUACCACAUGGGGCCCGUUCUCACUGCUAACAUAACCGUACACAUUAUCUGGUACGGAACCUGGCCUAAGGCUCAGAAACGCAUUAUUCGUGAGUUCAUCAACUCCAUCUCCGCCACCUCCGCCCAGUCACCGUCGGUUUCCGGUUGGUGGAAAACCGUACAACUCUACACCGACCAAACCGGUUCCAACAUCUCGCGAACGGUUCGUCUCGGCGAAGAGAAAAACGACCGGCUACUUUCUCACGGUAAAAAACUCACUCGUCUCUCCGUUCAAUCGGUGAUAAAAGCUGCCGUGACUGCUAAAACAAAACCCUUGCCGAUAAGCCCUAAAAGUGGACUCUACCUGUUACUCACCGCCGAUGACGUGUACGUUCAGGAUUUCUGCCAGAACGUAUGUGGAUUCCACUAUUUCACAUACCCGUCCAUCGUAGGGUACACUUUACCCUACGCCUGGAUUGGCAACUCCGGGAAGUUCUGUCCCGGUGUCUGUGCAUACCCCUUCGCCGUUCCCGACUACAUCCCGGGGCUAAAACCGAUGAAAUCGCCGAACGGAAACGUCGGAAUCGACGGGAUGAUCAGUGUGAUAGCUCAUGAAAUCUCGGAGCUGGCUUCGAACCCAUUGAUUAAUGCUUGGUACGCCGGUCAAGACCCUGUGUUUCCGGUGGAGAUAGCCGAUCUGUGUGAGGGCAUCUAUGGUACCGGUGGUGGUGGGUCCUACACAGGACAAAUGUUGAACGAUAGAGAUGGUGCCACGUAUAACAUGCACGGGAUCCGACGGAGAUUCUUGGUGCAGUGGGUUUGGAAUCAUGUGGUAAAUUACUGUACUGGCCCGAAUGCGCUUGACUGA